AGAAUUUUAAAGUAGGUGGCGAAAAAAUUUUAUACCAUUCAACAAUGUAUGAAUUAUUGAAAUUAUUUGGAAAUCCUAACUCUAAUGAGACCAUGGAAACUGAAACAGAUGAACUGGAGUUUGAGAAAAUGUACUCAGCUCCAGCUGAAAUAAUCGUCUUAUUGUCAAUAUUUUAUGGUGUCAUUAGUUUUAUUGCUAUUGUUGGUAAUACAUUAGUUAUAUGGGUUGUAGCAACAACACGUCAAAUGCAUACUGUUACAAAUAUGUAUAUUGCAAAUUUAGCAUUAGCUGAUGUUAUCAUUGGAAUGUUUUGUGUACCAUUUCAGUUUCAAGCAGCACUAUUACAAAAAUGGCAUUUACCGGAAUUUAUGUGCUCAUUUUGUCCAUUCGUUCAAGCUGUUAGUGUUAAUGUAUCAGUAUUUACAUUAACAGCGAUAGCUGUUGACCGUCAUCGUGCUAUAAUUAAUCCGUUGAGAGCACGACCAACAAGAUUUUUAUCUAAGAUGAUAAUUCUUGGAAUUUGGAUAGCGGCAUUAUCAUUUGCAAUACCAUUUGCUAUAGCAUUUCGUGUUGUUCAACUAACUGAAAAAUUUCGAGAGGAAGAUCAUUAUUACAAUGUGACACGCCCAUUUUGUGAAAAUGUUAAUUUAACAUAUGAUGAAUUACGUAGUUAUCGUUAUUAUUUAGUAUUUGUACAAUAUGUUGUACCAUUGUGUGUUAUAAGUUUUGUAUAUAUACAAAUGGCUGUUAAAUUAUGGGGAUCAAGAACACCUGGUAAUGCACAGGAUGCAAGAGAUAGAACACUUUUAAUUAAUAAAAAGAAGGUAAUAAAAAUGCUUAUAAUUGUGGUUGUUGUCUUCGGUAUUUGUUGGUUACCAUUACAAACUUAUAAUAUACUUUAUGUAACAUGGCCGGACAUCAAUGAAUAUCAAUUUAUCAAUAUAAUAUGGUUUUGUUGUGAUUGGUUAGCAAUGAGUAACAGUUGUUAUAAUCCUUUUAUCUAUGGAAUAUACAAUGAAAAAUUCAAACGUGAAUUUAAUAAACGUUUUACUGUAUGCUUUUGUCGUCUUACAACAAAUUCAAAUGAUGUUCAUGAUAGAACAAUGUCAGUAUAUACAAGAGCAAGUUCAAUACGUUCAACAUAUACAUCGACAAGACGUAAAAAUUUUGUAUAUACACCAUAUCAUCAUCAUCAACAACAACAACAACAGCAACAGCAUUCAAAUCAAUAUCAUAAUCAGCAACAACAACAACAACAUCACUUACAACAACAAUUAAUUGAUUUGAAUGGUGGCACAAAUCUUAUUAUCGGACAUUCAAAUAAUAAUGGCAACAAUAAACAAUCAACAACAACGAAAUUUAUGAAAAAGGAUAGUGGUAGCAGCUUUUACAAUCCCUUAAAUUUAUUUGGACGUAAAGAUAGUAAUUCAAGUUCAAAUCAUAAUAACAGUAAUAAUAAUAUUAAUAAUAAUAAAAAAGAUAAAAAAAAUUCACGUAUAUUAUUUGCAAUACAUGAUUCAAGUAGCAGUGGUGAUGCAAUGGAAUUAGUUAAUUGUGGUGAUAGUUUAGCUAAUUCAGAUAGUUAUCGUAAUUAUACAAAUGGUUAUUAUACAUCAGCAAUAUAUGAAGAAUCAAAUAUUAGUGAUUAUAGUGGUUCAAUAACAUCAACAUCAACAAAAGAUAAAAUUCGUACAACAUCAUCAUCAAAUUGUCGUUUAGAUGAAAUUGGUGAUGGUUUAAGAAAACAUAUUGGACGUGUUGUUGAUGCAAAUCGUAAUAAAAUAAAUUCAAUGAGUUCAUUACAUUCAAAUCAAUCGAUUGCGAAUUCUGAAAAAUCGGAAUUGAAAUCUGUUCCGGAAUCAAGCUUAAAAUUAAAAAUUUUGAAAAAACAGUUGGAAUCCGAUUCGGAAUUGAAUUCGGAGUUAAAUUCGGAAUUGAAUUCGGAGUCGGAGUCGAAGUCAGGGACGAAUGAGGAGUCGGAAUCAAAUUCAGAAUCAGAAUUGGGGUCGGAAUUGGAUUCGGAAUCGGAGUCGGAGUCGAAUUCGAAUUCGUUAUCUGAAUCAGAUUCGGAAUUAGAAUCAAAUUUACAAUCACAAUCGGAAGUAGAAUCAUCGUCACAGUCUGAAUCAAAAUCGGAAUCUGAAUUGGAGUCGGAAUCAGAAUCAGAAUUAGAGUCUGAGUCAGAAUCAGAAUCGAAAUUAAAGACAGAGUCCGAAUUAGAGUCAGAUUUAGAAUCAGAUUUAAAUUUAGAGCCGAACUUGCAAUCGGAAUCAGACUCUUUAAAUUAA